CUUAUUAGAGUGAAGUGCAGAAAAGAAGAAGAGGAAGAAGAUGAUGCAGAGGAAAAGGGUAGGGUGGUGGUUCUUCACAAAGGCAAAGCUUAGCCUCAAUACAUACCGAAACUUCUCUUCUUCUCAACACGUCAUUCUCGACAACCCCAAUCACAGUCAGGUUUUGGUCGAAGGAAAUGGAUGCUCCAGAAUGGCCAUUCUCAAUAGACCCUCUGCUCUCAAUGCCCUCAACACCAACAUGCUGGCCACGCUGCAUAAAUUUUAUAGGAGCUGGGAAGAUAACCCUGAUAUUGGAUUUGUGAUGAUGAAGGGCAGUGGCCGAGCUUUCGCAGCUGGUGGAGAUAUUGUUGCGCUUUACCAUUUGAUAAACAAAGGAAACAUGGAAGCAUGUAAAGAAUUUUUCAGAACAGCCUAUAGUUUUAUGUACCUGAUAGGUACAUAUUUGAAGCCACAUGUGGCACUUCUUAAUGGCAUUACCAUGGGUGGUGGGGCUGGGGUUUCAAUCCCUGGGACAUUCCGUGUUGCAACAGACAAAACUAUUUUUGCUACCCCUGAAGUUCAUAUUGGAUUCCACCCUGAUGCUGCAGCAUCUUUUUACCUUUCACAUUUACCUGGUCAUUUAGGAGAGUACUUGGCUCUGACAGGGGAAAAGCUCAAUGGAGUAGAGAUGGUUACUUGCGGGCUUGCUACACACUAUUCAUUAAAUGCAAGGCUUCCUUUAAUUGAAGAACAGUUGGGGAAAUUAGUUACCGAUGACCCAUCUGUCAUUGAAGCCACUUUAGAACAUUAUGGGGACCUUGUACAUCCAGACAGCAGUAGCGUACUACAAAGGAUUGAAAUUCUAGAUAAAUGCUUUUGCCAUGACUCAGUUGAAGAGAUUGUUGAUGCUAUGGAAAAUGCAGCAAGUGAAACAAAAGAUGCUUGGUGCAUUUCUACCCUAAAUAGACUCAAAGAAGCCUCUCCAUUGAGCUUGAAGGUUGCCUUGAGAUCUAUAAGAGAAGGUACAUUUCAGACUCUUGAUCAAUGUUUGCUGCGUGAGUACCGUAUGACUUUACAAGCAAUACAUGGGCAAAUAUCUGGAGAUUUCUGUGAAGGAGUAAGGGCACGCGUGGUGGACAAGGACUUUGCACCAAAGUGGGAUCCUCCAACCUUAGAAAAGGUGUCUCAAGACAUGGUGGAUCAGUACUUCUUACCUUUGAGUGAGUCUGAACCUGAUCUAGAGCUGCCCACAAAAAGUCGUGAAGCAUUUCUAUAGUUUGUUUCCCUUGAACAUCUCCAUAUACAUAACAUCAACACCCAAUUUCGCAAUUUCGGUUGCAACACACAGCUGAUACUUUUGCCAAGGCUAUGUUCAAGCUUAUACCUUUUGACUAUGGUAGUUUAGCACUGGUUAACUACAAUAAUAUGAAGUUUGUUCCAA